AUGAUCGAACCGAACGAGUUUACGCGAUUGCUCCUUCGGGAGGCUCGCAAAGAGUAUCAGCUCAUCCUGGGACGGUGCAACAACUUCGGGUUCGAGUACGUUAUUCAGCGCCCACCCCAGGCACGGAUUUGCUUCGGAUCCGGAAUCGAGCGGGAAACAGUGCCCCUACAUGGUCCUGCCCUGAGCGCGCUAAUGUACCGCCGGCAACCGGAACUGCUGGGUGAGAAUCUGGCACCAGGAAGUCACAACAUCGGGUACGAUCCGGGUGUUCCCGAGCAGCAUCCGGGGCUAAGGAAACACACCAGCCGUAAAGGAUAUGGCCCGUUGGCGGCGGCAAGCGUACGGUUUAACUUCGAGGAGGUAAGCAACAGCCCGGGCGUGGGUGAUUACGAGGUGGUGAGAAAGGGCGGCGAACCGAAACAGAACGCCAAACCCUUCGGUUGUGGUGCGGAAUACCGGACGAAGGAUCACACGUGCUCGUAUCCUGGUCCGGCAACGUAUAUGUUUAAAUCACGCAAGGACAUCAAGAGCCAUUCGUUCGGUGGCACCAUCAAGAUUGUUCCCGCAGCUCGAACGAUCUGCAAAACGGACAACUUCGAUCGAUGCCAGCGUUGUGACGAGCGGCCGGAAGUGGAUUACUGGAAAAACCUGCGCACGGAGCGUUGCCUGUGCCGGCGUUGUAUGGUGAAGGAGCUCGAGGAUGUGCGGUGUUCGGAAACGAGCAACUCCGAGCGAAGAAAGGGCAUGGAAGUCCUCAAGGAGUAUAAGCGUGUCCGGCACUGUUCGUAUUACCAUAGGCACGAUAAAACCAGCGCCGCGAUACAGUUCAUUAGCAACAAGCAGCUGAAGCGGAAGUUCCGGCUGGAAAACUAUCUCUCGAUGUUUGAGUGA